AUGUCGGAAGAACGCAGUAAGAUAUCGCUUCGCAGCGGGAAGAAGCGCAGACCAUCUCGCCCAACCAUCAGCGCUCCCAGGCAGAUAUCAAGUCCUAUGCCACAGGACAGCCCCCUUGGGGGCGCGCCGCCUCUAGUUCCUGAGGCAGUUCCUAGACCACGACUGCGACCGCCGCCUAUUGCUGGUGGAAAGACGUCUGAUCUAGUAAAACAACGGUACUCUACCCGGUUCAACAACCUGCCCACGGAUUUCGACCCCUCGGCUCCUCCACUCCCUGCCGUGCCUCCUAUUCCCCAAUAUGAUAAGAGGGAGCCUCAGAGACCCGCGCCGUCACGGGCAGGUGCAGCGCCAGUAAUCGACAUCAAGGCCCUUCGAGACCCCAAUCUCGUCCCUGAUCAGUACGUGUCAGCCGUCUUGGGAGACGCCACCGACGACCAAAUUCGUGAUUUUGAAGUCGCUCUCCGCAAGCUCAAGGGCCGUGCUGCCACGGAUUUGCAGCAGAACCUCAUGCAGAACCGUACCCAGUUCAUCAAGAUUAGUAAAGAGGCCGAGAAACUAAAGGGCGAGAUGCGGGCGCUACGAAACUUGAUGGCAGAGCUCAAGACCAACACAACUGCCCUUCGAGCCGCCUCCAUAAAGAGUGACGAGCCGGCCACCAUACCUGGCAGUGGCCCCUCGGGCAUGAGCAAGCGAGACAAGCGAAGCUCCGUUGCCGAUAGAAGCGCGUUGUGGAAUUCGCAAAUGCAGGCCUUGUAUAAGAAUGUGGAGGGCUCGCAGAAGUUUCUCCCCAAUGCUGUAGGUCGUCACGUUGUCCAGAAUGCCGGUUCCUGGGUAGAGUUGGAUAACGCCACAUACAAAUCUCGACGAGCCAUGCAAAUCUUCCUACUCAACGACCACCUUCUCGUUGCGUCCCGCAAGAAGAGAAAAGUUGACGCACCCGCCGAUGCUCGUGGUCCAAUGAUCAAACUAGUGGCUGACCGAUGCUGGUCUCUUCUGGACAUUGAGGUCGUAGACAUGCCUGGGACAGCCGAAUCAUCCGGAGGCAGGAACAAACUUGCCGACGCCAUCAUGAUCCGAGGUGGUGGCCAAGAAUCUUUCAUCUAUCGAACAGAGAAACAUGAGGGCGACGAGAAGAAGACAUUGCUUCUAAAUGUGCGAAAGGCGGUUGAGGAGCUGCGAAAGGGUCUGCAGUCAGAGAUGGAAGCCAACAACAAGGCCAGGGAGACCAUAAACUACUUUGCGUCUAGAGAUCCUGGCUUAUUGCAGAAGACGGAACUUUUGGAGACGUUGUCGGAUAUCAAGGACAUGCUCAUCGAAGUCGAUGGCAAACAACAGAAUCUUCGAUGGGUGGAGGGUCAGAUGGACGAGCUGGACAUUGACAUUGCCCUCCAGAAAUUCGAACCUGCUGUUGCCCGCGUUGAAAAGCUCAAGAGCCUCGCCCGUGGCCUCCGAAGCAAUUUGGUUGCGCAAGACUUUAUUAACUUCAAGGUUGAGGAGCGAUGCGGUAGACUUGCUGUCCUUAUCAUUCGGGAGCUGGAGUCAAAGCACAAGUCGCAAAUAAAGACCAAAGAGAGAGUGGGCUGGCUGACUAUUCUUGGCUUUGAUGACAGAGCCCGAGAGGCUUAUCUUAAUGCCCGCACGGGGCUUAUCCGCAAGAGAGCCAGACAAUGCAUUUUCCAAGGCGAUCUCCACUUGUACAUUUGGCAGUUGUCCUUUGUGUACUUUACUAUUAUUCACAACACGGUUCAGACGUUCCAGAGCUGCUUCCCUCCUCCAAUGAUGAGUGCCUGCGUGAAGUGGGCCAAGGAGGAGGUGGAAGCGUUCAAUGUGAUUCUGUCUCGACAACUCAGUAGUACCGAGCGUGGUGGACAGGUUUGGACACAGUGCAUGGACAGGGCCAAGGAACAUGCCCAAAAACUGUCGGAUGUUGGGCUGGACUUCAGGAACUUGGUAGGACACGAUGUUGGACCAUCUGCUCAGACGGCUGCCGAGGUGCCGGGGCCUUCUGCUGUUGGGCUAGGACUAGCUUAG